AUGGACAUUGCAGGUCCCCUGCUUCUGUCCAAUGGUUGCUUCUAUCUCCUCGCCUGUGUGGAUCAGUCAACCCGGUGGCCUAAAGCUAUCCCCCUGCCUGUCAUUGCUACUCCAAUGGUGGUCAAAGCUUUUCUCAGUUGCUGGGUUGCCAUCUUUGGUGAACCCUCCACUGUCACCACUGACCGCGGUGCCUAGUUUGAGUUUAACCUCUUCCAGUCUUUCCUCUCCUUUUUAGGUUGUACCCUCAUCCGGACGACAGUCUAUCACCCGACUGCCAACGGGACUGUCGAGCGGUUUCACCGCCAGUUGAAAACCACCCUACGCGCCGCGGAUGAUCCGAAGGAUUGGACAGACCAUCUUCCCCUGGUCCUCUUGGGCCUCCCCUCCGCUCUCAGGCCGGGCCCUGACUGUUCCGCAGCUGGACUGGUCUUGGGCGCCACAGUCAAACCUCCUGGUAGGAUGAUCACGCCAAAUUCUCAUGGUGCGGUCGAAGAUCCUACCAACCUCCUGCACCGCCUCCGACAGUUUAUGUGGACACUUCCCCCGGUUCUGCCCAGGCCUUCAGCAUCUCCGUCUUAUCCCGAAAAGGACUUUGUAACGUGCGCUCACGUCCAACUUCGAUGUAAUAGAGUCCGCCGGCCUUUUGAAUCACUCUAUGACGGCCCAUUCCGGGCCCUCUCUCGAGGGACCAAGACGUUCCGCAUUCGACGCGCCAGUCGUGGGGAGGUCGUGAGUGUGGGCCGCCCCAAAGCGUCUGUCCCGGACUUUCCGUCGGACGAGACCUGUGGUCUCCUCUCCUCUGCUUCCCCACCUCCUCCAGCCUCUAUUCCACCGUUGCGUAUUUGGCCUUUUUCCCCUGUCUACUAUCUACACCUGCUACCUCUGAAUCCAACUGACUGGCCGAUACCAAGUCGAAGAAAGAUGUUUCACGACGCCAGAUUAUCUUGCUUUUACCUACCUGUUCGACAUUCCUGA